AUGUCUUCUAGGGUUGGGUUGCCGUCCAAGAGGCCCGAUCCUGCCGAGGAAGAUGUCGAAUGUCCUUAUAGCCCAACCUCCUCCUCCGGGUCAUCAUGUCAUCAGGAUAUGCAGCAGUCGUCCCAGGGUCAAGCUGCGCAGUCCAGUAACAACGCGUCCACAUCAUCGACACGAGGAGGGGAGGAGGAUCACGAGGAAGAAUUGAGCCAGCGUGUGAACAUUCCGCCAUGUAUAAGCAAAGAGGAGCAUAGGGCACUUUCUACGGCCAUGCCACAUCCUCCAGUCACUAAGGAGGGCUUGGAAGAGUUGGACCUCGAGUGGAUAACAUCCAAUAUACGCUUGCGCAUCGACCUCAACUAUGACCACAACCUUGAAUUCAUGCGUGAUCCUGGCGUCAGGGGCGAGCUCAAAAGGCAGGAGGCAAGGAAAUACUGGUUAAGUCUCGAGGCAGAGCUCAAAAUAAUGUACCAACAUAACUUCUUACCUUCUUGUGUCGAGUGCGAAACGCAAUGCUCGUCCACUCCCAUGGAACCAGGUUUCUUCAAACCAAGGUUGCCCGAUAUGUUGUACAAGCUCAAGGAUCUGCUCACCGCCCUGCUCCCAGAUAGUGAGCACGACCAGCUUGCUCAAUGCCUCGACAUCCCUCUCCUUCUACAGGAGCUCUCCCAUGGCCUCAUGGACAUUGUCCGCCUGGCAGGUUGGAUCCGUCAACGCGUGACAAGUCACUGUGCCCCCUACAGGGACAAGGCCGCCCAUGAUAUGGCCGACCAAAUCAGAGAUGGUGUCGAGCGGGGAGACAUUGGCGCUCUGGUUGCGGGUGUCGAGAGCUUGUUCGGAUUGCUGGAGGCCAUGCAACUGGAUGUCGCCAAUCACCAGGUCCGGAACCUUCGUGGGUCCUUCAUCGAUGAUACAGUCGACUUCCAACGAAAGUAUUUUGGGGUUCGCAUCGAAAACGGGCAUCUGACAACACGCGACAGCCACCGUUGGUGGCUCGUGGCCUUCACGGACCAUGGUCAGAACUGCGUGGUAUUAGGCGAAACGCUCAACGAUCCGCCGUUUGUGUCGUUGAUUCAUGGGCUGGUGGGACUCUGCCUCAACCAGCUUGCUAUCAUACCCGAGACUCUGAAAUACGACACAUCUCGCUUACGGAUGCUAAGUGCUGAGAUACAGGAGCUUGUACAUGUCGAAAUAUGUCUCGUUGUCUUCAACAAACUAGUUGAGCAAAUCCGUGGCUCGGCAGGCGGCAAUCCGGGUCUUAUGUACGGAGAACUUCGCACCAGACUCAUGGCUCUGACCGAGACUGACCCGGCGCUCGACACUACAGUAGCCAGCUGUUGGAAGCGGCAUGUGAACGCGGUUACUCUGGAGCUUAUGCAUUCCGCACUCCGAUUCUGUCAAAAGCCGGACUCGACCCUCACUGAAGACCUUGCUGAAACAACGGCGAAGAUGUUGGACGAAAAAUUUCUGUAUGAAGCUCGAUUCCGAAUUGUCGCUCGAGCAGUUGGCAGAGCACUUGAAGAAUGCACAUAUAAAUAUGCCAAAGUUUAUGAGGGACUGCCAGCGAGCACAAUAUCUUAUGCCCAAAACAGGCUGCGGCGCCGCUUCCAGCCGCCACCAGGAUGUCGCUUACUGACAGAUUUUGGCAUCAUGGCGAGCAGAUUGGCACACAUUGCAGUCAUCCACUGGAGGGUUUGGGAGGACCUGGUUUAUUUGCGAGAAGAUGAGAGCGACGACGAUGAGAGCGAGGAGGAUGAGAGCGUGGGCGAUGAGGACGGCGACAUUACAGCGGCACGCGGCGGUGAUGCCGAAUAA